AUGGCGGCAGCGAAGCGUGUGUGGUGCUGUGGCUCCAACGACUUUGACGUCGUUGCGCUGGAUUCUGGCAAUUCUGGUAGUGUUCGUACACCUUGCCUGUCGUCAGAUGCACGGGAGACGGAUUCAACGAAGCGUCGUCGUCUUGCCGAAAUACUUGACGAGCUAGACGAUGACAGCAGCGACAGCUGCUGUAGCUCAACGUCAGAGUCGAGUUCAAGUAGCAGUGACGACGACGAAAUAAACGCAGCAGCGUUUCAGCAGCUGUUCUCUCUGCCGGAGCGAAGGCCAAAAGUAGAAGCCUACAUCAAAAAGACGGUAACAAGCUACUCCGACGAGGAGUUCAAAAGAAAUUUCCGCGUCACGCGGCCGGUGGCGGACUUAUUGGCAGCAGAAUUCGCCAAGUCACCGCACUGCCCUCAGAAGAGUGAUCAUGGUGGCCUGCCUGCCAAGUCGGCUGAAGAACACAUACUGUCCUUUCUUUGGUACGCAGCCAACAAGGCAUGCAUUCGAGAUGUUGCUGGCCGCUUUGAAGUCUCGGAAAGCACUCACCACAGAAUGAUGAGCCGAGUAACUUCAUUCCUCCUCGACAUAGCACCGAAUAUAAUCAAGUUCCCCAGUGACCUGCAGAAGCUUGCCAAGGAUUUUGAGCAGCUGUCAGGAUUCCCGGACACAAUUGGAUGUGUCGACGGUAGUUACAUGCCGAUCAGGUGUCCAGCUGGGAAAGUGCGAUCAGUUUAUAUAAAUCGACACCAUUACCUAUCCUUGACACUUCAAGGUGUUUGCGACAACAAGAAAAAGUUUCUUGAUGCCAGCACGGGCUACCGAAGUAAAAUUCACGACGCGCGUAUAUUCCGGCGGUCAAGGAUUGCAAGCACUUUGCCACAGCUGUGCUCUAGCAAGUACCAUAUAGUGGGAGAUGCAGCAUAUCCUUUCCGAGAGUACCUGAUGACACCAAUCCGGGACUAUGGAACUCUUGACAGCACCAAGAAGAGCUUCAAUGCAAGACUCUCCGGAACAAGGGUGUUGAUAGAAAAUGCUUUUGGAGAUUUAAAAAAUCGUUUCAGGCAACUGCAGAGGUUAGAUAUGUGGACAGUGGACAACAUGUCCAAGUUUAUAAUUUCAUGCUGUGUGCUUCACAACCUCUGCAUUGAUUGUGGAGAUUUGCCAGAGAACCUGUCACGGGACCUGUCACUCACCCUACAAACAACAAAUGGAAAUGACUCUGGCCCUCCUCCGAUUCAAGUAAGCGGCAGCAGCGGAUCCCGGCAAGAUAGCCUACUGCGUGGCUUGGCUAGCAUCAAGAGAGAUCGCUUGAUGAUAAGAAUGGGGUUGCAGACCCAGCAGCCAUGAAAUGAGGAAUUUCUUAACGUGGUAUGCAUUUGUGAGCGAAUAU